AUGGUAAAUGAACAAGUAUUAAAUGGCGAUGACACAAGAAUCAUGGAUCAAGAAGAGAUGGAGGAUCAGCAGAGGAGAAGAAUGAACCAGGAUCAGGAUCAGUUUAGUGCUAAUGAUCCAGAUAUAUUUGUAGCAGCUGCAAAACUUGUAGAACCAUAUUGUGAUGCUGUAGAUUUAAAUAUUGGAUGUCCUCAAGCAAUUGCAAGAAGAGGUCAGUAUGGUGCUUUUCUUCAAGAUAAAUGGGAUUUAUUAAGAAGAAUAUUACGGCAAGCCUCUAUCGAAUUAUCUGUUCCAGUAAGCUGCAAAAUAAGGAUAUUAUCUGGUAAUGCUCAUCAUUCAGUGGAUUAUGCAAGAAUGCUAGAAGAAGCUGGAUCUUCAUUACUUGCUGUACAUGGAAGAACUAGAGAUCAGAAGGGUGAUUUAACAGGUAUUGCUUCUUGGCAAGUUAUUAAAGCAAUAAAGGAAGGUGUAUCUAUACCUAUUUUUGCCAAUGGAAACAUACUAAGUUAUGAAGAUAUUCAAAAGUGUUUAGAUUAUACUGGAGUGGAAGGAGUAAUGUCUGCUGAAGGUAUACUUCAUAAUCCUGCUCUGUUUACUGGUACCAAUCCCUAUGUAUGGCAGAUGGUAGAAGAAUAUUUAGAUCUUGCCGAAUAUCAUAAUACACGUCUUAAGCAUGUUCGUACUCAUCUUUUUAGACUAAUGCAACACAGUUUAGAAGAAUAUCCUAUUCUUCAAAAUGAAUUGGCUGUGUCACAUAGCUUUACAGAGUUUCGAGAUGUGAGCAAUAAAAUGAAAGAGAACUUAUUAUCAAGAAUCACUUCAUGUACUAAUGAAAAUAUUGAAUCAGUAGGAAAGUUAUUGAAUAGUAUUGAUUUUAAUGAUAAAAAUAAUUUAAAUCAAAUAAAUGAUAAAGAUUGUAAAUUAUUAAUAAAUGAUAAUGAUGACAACGGUGAUGAUGAUGAUGAUGAUAAGGAAUAUUUUCAAAAAAGAAAUAGAGAUUAUGAUUUACCUAUUUGGUUAUGCCAUUCUCGACCGAGAGUAGUUACAGACAGUAAAGGAAAUAGUUGUUACAGAAAGCAUAUUGAAUUAGGAAGAAAUGAAGAUGUAGAUUGUGAAGGUCAAAAUAAUGUUUCGAAAAAUGUAGAACGGAAAAUCAGAAGACACAAGAGAAUAAUAGAAGCAAAAAAAGCCAGAAGAAAAAGGAAAAAGGAGUGCAGGAAAGAAAAAUUGGCAGAAUUAAGAAAAGCAGGUAUUGUGACUCAUGUAAUUCAAAGAAAAAAUAGAAAUUUAGCAAGGGAAAGAAUGAGGAAAGUUAUUGGUCAUGCUCCCAGAAUUUGUAUUGAUUUGAGUUUUGGUUCUAUGAUGUCUGAAAAAGAACUUCAUAGAUUAUCUUCUCAACUUCGACGUUUAUAUGGUUCAAAUCAAAAUAGCAUUAAACCAGUGCAUCUUUAUUUUACAAGUUUUGGAGAAGAAAAUCCUUUAUAUAAAGUAUGCUGUGAUAAAAAUGAUGGCUUUCUUAAUUAUGUUGUGGACAUGACGGAUAAAUACUUUCUGGACGUGUUCGAUCCCGAAGAAGUUGUAUACCUUACCCCAGACUCGACAAAUGUCCUGGAGCGAGUGGAAAGUGAUAAAGUAUAUAUUAUAGGAGGGUUGGUGGAUGAAAACAUCAACAAGGUACGCCAUCUGUCGGUUAUUCGCGGUAAGUGUGUGUGUCUCCGGACACGUGUUUAGCCAGUUGGAUAAGGAAGGAAGGAGGUCGGAAUCAGCUUCCCUCCAGGUAAAGGUGGUUUUCGUUGACAGUUUAUCAAUAUACGAUUUUGACAAGUUGUCGCAGAUAAUUAAAGUAAAUUAUUCAAAUUACGACGAACAAUUCAAACAGCUAUCAGAGCGUAUCAGCUGUAAAUAUGACCUUUAACUUCGUUUACAGUUUAGUUUUAGUAAAUGUAUGCACGAUAACGUAGUUUAUACAAUAAUAUCUCGUUUGAUUACCGAAUUCGAAAGCGAUAUCAUGGGGAAUUUAAUGUGUUGAAAACAAAGGAUUCGAGGUACGGUACGUAUUUUAAAGGGGGAGAAGUGUCCGUAAUCGUGGGAGCGCUUUAUUAUUUCUGUUUCAAUUAUGAGUAAUCGAAUUGUGAAAGAUUCCUUAUCGUGACAGCUAUUGGAUUAUUCGUACUAUAUUUCUAUGGUAAUUUCCUCUAAGCCGUAAAAUUUUCGUUAGGAACGAACUCCGUCCAGUUUUAAAUUGCAACUUUACCGGGAAAAAAGUGCUUCCAAUGAAUUACAGGAUUUCUGUGUUUUAAUUUGUUAGAAAUUUUAUACUGACUCCGUUUAUUUAUAAAUUAGUACGUCUAAUUAUCUGAUAAGAUAUCGGGAAUGUCAAUAUUCGUCUGUAGUAUGUUUAUGGAAAGAACUUUCUAUACUGUUGUCUGAAAGAGCGUAUCGUUGGUAAUUAGAAACCCUUUCUAAAAUAUUAGACAAUUACAUAGGCAUGGUUAUUCGUGGUUACAUUGUUUUAAGAUAUUCUCUCAUCCGAAUGAUGUUUCAGGAUUGAAUUACACAAAUUUUCAUUUUUAAUUAUGUAAGACGGUAGCAAAAUAUGUUAAUGUAUGCAAAGUUUCGCUGCCAUUUUUUAAAAAUUUAAAUGCCAGGAGGAGAUGUUUUAUAUAUUUUUAAAGAUACCUACGUAUUUGAUGUUUAAUUUAAUUCGC